AUGCUGCUUUCUGGCCCACCCGGAGUGGGUAAGACGUUGACCAGUGAGUCGGUUGCUGAGGAUAUGCGUGUUCCCUUAUAUAUGUUGUCAGCUGGUGAUUUAGGCCUCGACCCCACCGGUAUCGAGGAGUCCUUGAAUCUGGUGCUUGAUAUGGUCAGCAAAUGGAACGCCGUGUUGCUGCUUGAUGAGGCAGAUGUAUUCCUGGAGGCCCGAAGUUCCAACGAUCUCGAGCGGAAUAAGAUGGUGUCUAUUUUCUUGAGAGUAUUGGAGUACUAUGAAGGUGUGCUUUUCCUCACGACGAAUCGGAUGAAGAACAUCGACGAAGCGUUCCACUCUCGAAUUCACGUCACCAUCAACUACCCAAAUCUGUCCGUCGAAUCCCGCAGACACAUUUGGCAGCAGUUCCUAGGAUCGGCUACUGGAGUCACAGGAAAAGACCUGGACCGGCUUGCUCGUGUCAACAUCAAUGGACGGCAGAUCAAGAACAUGCUAAAGACGGCACAGAUGCUCGCCCGCAGUCAAGAAAAGGGCAAGGAUGGGCAACGUGAAAAAGUGGGGAUGCAGCAUAUUGAGACGAUCCUAGCAAUUGAAAGAGGCACAUCAUGGGAGUAA